UGUCAAGUAAACAUUGACGAGUCAUCGUCCCUAGUGACGCGGGAAAACUCGCUUGUAGCGGCGCGUGUCGCAGUAAACUUAUUAUUAGCUAUAAUAAUACUGUAAUAAACAACCGGGCCGCGACUUUGAGCUUCUGGGUCUUCGCAUCAAGUAAGGUUCUCAUCGCCACGAGGCCUUCGUCUUAGUCUUCGAGAAUAUCUCCAGGAUGCAGGAGUCCUAAAAAAAAACAAGUGCUCUUUCUUUUGAAUCAAAGCCUCACACAAGAAGAAGAAUGAGCUUUGCGUGCCUUGUGUGUCACAGUGUAGAGAGCCCGUCCCACUCCUUUAGAAGCUACUCCGUGUCUAGCUCAGACAACGAAGGAAGAUGCUCUGUGAUCGCGAGCUGCCUCACUAGGAAGUCACUUAUUCAAGCUGCAAGGUCCAACACUUUCCCUGCAUCAUCCUCAAAGGUAACCCCACAACCCAAUUUCCAGGCAGGCGAUCUGAUGAUUACACAAGGAGCCUCGCCACGGUUAGUGCGAAGCCGUGCAGGGAGAAAAGACUGGAACUUCAACGAAAUCGAGGCAGAGCUUUAAAAAACCAAAUCUGACUCUAUUCUCUUAUAGACUAGUGUUAGUUUGUUCAUCCUUCGGGUGAUCUUAGCAGUCUAUCUUUUGAGUUCUGUUCACACGAUCUUACAUUCAUCACUUGUCAAAUUUUGUACUCUUCUCACUACUUUAUAAACCAAUAAAUCUAUAAAAUUAUCUUUCACGUUUC